GACUUUUUGCCCUCUGCUCCCGGGAACGUCAGGCAGCCACCCCCGUGGGCACAAGCCCAGGCGCUGUUCCUGGCCCGCGCUCCCUCCCUCUGGCCUUUACUUCUCAGCUGCCAAGAUCUUGGAAGCUUUGAAGCUCAGCAAAGAAGGGAAAUCCAUUGAGAACAGUCUGUAAAGGUGGAUUCCUAACCACUGAGCCACCAAAGAAGCUCCAGCUGCAUACGUGCUGCUGCUGCUGCUAAGUCACUUCAGUCGUGUCCGACUCUGUGCGACCCCAUAGACGGCUCCCCCGUCCCUGGAAUUCUCCAGGUAUUCCAGGACUGCCAACCUGUCGACAGCCUCUGCAGAAACUCUGCGCACCCUUCUGUUGAGCACCCUGAGGAAGUAACAGUCUUCAGACAGCCCUAGGGAAAUUUUUGCUGAACUGGAAAAACAGUAGGAGUGUUUCGCCUUUACUCCUUCACCGAAUAGCAGGUGUCCAGGUUCUGAUUGCCUGUUACACACUUCAGUUUGAGGAAAUGUCAUUCAGAUUUGGCCAACAUCUCAUCAAGCCCUCGGUGGUGUUUCUCAAAACAGAACUGUCCUUUGCCCUGGUGAACAGGAAGCCUGUGGUACCUGGACAUGUCCUCGUGUGUCCCCUCCGGCCAGUGGAGCGCUUCCGAGACAUGAGUCCCGAAGAAGUGACUGACUUGUUUCAGGCAGCACAGAGAGUCGGCACGGUGGUGGAGAAGCAUUUCCAGGGCACCUCGCUCACGUUUUCCAUGCAGGAUGGCCCCGAAGCCGGACAGACUGUGAAGCAUGUUCACAUCCACGUUCUUCCAAGGAAGGCUGGAGACUUUCACAGGAAUGACAGCAUCUAUGAUGCGCUCGAGAAACACGACAGAGAGGAUCAAGACUCCCCAGCCUUGUGGCGGUCAGAGGAGGAAAUGGCGGCUGAGGCUGCAGCGCUGAGGGGCUACUUUCAGUGACGCAGGCACGGAAGGAAGAGGAACAAAUCCCCAGGCAUAAGGAAACGGGCCUCAUGCUUCAGGGCCCUGGGCCUUGGAAAUGCAGCUAAGCAAACUUUAUUACAUCCUACAAUUCGAUAGCCUUUUGCAAAGCAUUUUAUUAUGCUUGUGGAA